ACACUGCCAUCGCCAUUGCUCUCGUGGACUCGUAGGAAAAGUUACGGUGUUGCAGCUCUCGUUAUGAACUCCCGUCAACGAAAUAGUUCAAUCGCUCAGUCGAAAUUCGUAUCAGUCUUCUCUCGGCUUCUUCAGGGCAUACCUACUGCAGUUAUCAGCCCCAACGAGGACACUCAUCAAUUUAUAUCAAGUCUCUUAGUACUCGACGUAAACCGUGAUUAUCUCGAGGCGCAGCUGCGUGAAAUACCGAAGGAAGUGUGUUUGGGGCCCUUGAAGGUUGUGCAGUUGGUCCAUCAUCGGCUCUCUCUGACCUUGUGACUGACACUUGUUUGCAUCCAGUAGAGGUCGCUUAAUGAUAUUUUCUCAUUCUAUUUGCAUCAUGUUCAGAGCAGUGCACACUCGGACAACCUCAAGACUAGUCAUGCCUUAGAGACGCUCUGUAUCUUCACGAAAGGCUUAUUGGCCAAGGGAUUCAGUGGUUGGGAAGUUAUGGAAGUGUUUGCAGGGGGAGUUGGGAAUAGCGACGCCUUUUUCAUGAAUCUGGUAGCAAUCAUUGAUGAUGCUUUAGCGAAUGCCAAUCGUUCUGUCACAAUUCGUCACCAGAUUCUUCAAUUGGGUCUAACUUUCAUGUGUGGUAUUUCUCAGCUUAGUCCAGGCGCCUACUUUCUUCGUCGCAACCUGUUUCCGUCUAUUGUUGCUUUUAUCAAAGGAUUAGAUACCGAACAAUUCACCUUUGAAGCACUCCUGUUCUUGGCUCUUUUAGCAGAUUUUCACAAGUCCGAUGCUGCUAGCCUCAAUCCGUACCUGUCGCAAAUCAAAGAGACAAAGGACGUAGACUUAAUGAAGAGGAUCUGUUGGGCAACAGACUCCGCUCUGGUUGCUUCGGUAAAACGGUAUCAAGAAAUCUCUGAUGAUGAUGUUUCUCCAGCUCUAGCAUCAGCCUUUGGCUCUCUCAUAUCAUCGUUACGACCUGACCGUGCCCUGGCGUCCACACCAGUUGACCCCCCUCGUGAAUUAUUCAAGAACCAGCCAAUCGAAAAUACAGUUAUCCUAUUGCUGUUGUACGAAUUCCUUCGAGGGAACGCGCUGUUCUCCUCGGUGUUUCUAAGUUCGAACGAGCCUGACCGCCUAAGGCCCUCUCCACCAUUAACUUUGCUAACUCUGUCAUCUUAUCUGUUGACUCAUGCUACAUCAACCUCACAGCCGCGCUCCGUAGCCUAUGCAAAUUUGUGUAUCAACUGUCUUCUGGCGCUCGUAGAAACAGACGCCGUUCUGGUGGUGCUCUCGAAGCCAAAUAAUAAGCCAAUACGCUUGUGUCGGCAGAGGCUACCCCUGCUACCUGUACCACGUUCCGGACGUCCACUGUUGUGUGCUGUACUUGACUGCUGUGUUCUGUGGCUACGGCACAAUCUUCACAUGCGAUUAGAAGUACGCCUAUAUACGCGGUGUAUCUGGAUCUGCCAUAGAGUCGUAUUCUACCUGCAGAAAGUCCGUAUACGUCUAGAAUACGAAUGGGCAGAAUUUUGGUCUGCUAUAUUGGGGCUCUUACAUUUUCUGGCUACAAAAGUGGACAAUUUAGUUACCACAGGUGGCGUGGAACAACUGAUACGAGAGACCGUCUUUCUUCUCAGCCUUUGUCUAUCCAAGUGCGAGACCUUUUUGCCUACGCCUCAAGCAGUACAUGAUUUUGUCUACAAACUCGUUCGCGCAGCCUCUGAUCUGCAAAGUCAAGCUACAUUACUGAAACGGCUUGCUGGUCCCGAAUCCAAAGCUCAGCGGCAUUCACUAGUCCAACAACCCACCGAUUUGUUGAUGAAAAUCGUCACUAUUACACAAUUUUAUGAACAAAAGGUCACUCAAUCUCAGGCACGAACAGCCAAAGACGCACUGCGUGCUGUUUCACGAGAAAUUGAGGCCAAUAGUGUGUAUGGACUAACCGACACCCGUGAACCCGAACCUCCUCAACGAUCAGAAAAUGUUCUACCAUUUUCGCGAUAUGCCUGCAUGGAUGGUAUGGCGCUCAUGCCAUAGUGCCUUCCUAAUGAAGACCCAAUAUACUUAAUUUCCACCUGCACCACCCUGCGAUCAAACCGUGAUAUUCCGGCAAGUGGACUAGAAGGCGACGGAGUCCCGAGCAAGGGAAUCCCCGGUUAUGGGUUCUCGUAAGCGACUCGGAAACAUCACAGCCACUCCGACUGCCAUAUAUGUAUAGAAUCCAUCUCGAUUUGGGAAGCCUGAAGAAAAAAAUUUUAUUUAGAGGACGAAGUUAGAGAUUACACCGGGUGGGCCGCUCACAUAGACUUGUAGGUUUAUCAUGUCCGAUAUCUUGCAAACGUUUAAUGUUGUUGCCCUCACCGUCAGGGUGACCCUUCGCGUGGUUUCACA